UGAUGAUGUAGGAGCCAUUGCAGCAAAUGCCCAAGAGGAAAGGGAAGGUCGGGAAAAGGGAGAUAUAGUGGAAAGCUUGGUCCCUUUUUGGAUGGUUUAUGGCGAUGGAGUUGAACGUUUGGCCACUGAGAGUCUGGUUGAACGACAACGAUGGGUGAAUAGAAUUUGGGAGGCCGUCAAUAGUCAACCAGCACCGUCGGUUUCCCGCACAGGCUCAUAUACUCAGACCCGGUCAAGAUCACCCACGGGAUCCAUUCGAACGAUUCUCUCGAUGGAAAGCCGCAGCAGUCUCAAUUCUGCAACCAGUUCUGGGACGGGAUCGCGUUCAACCAUCUACGUUCCUCCCAUUGGAGAAGUCCCGGACAUGGAUGAUCCUUAUGGAUCUGAAGCCGGAAGAUCAGUGUCAGCGUCAUCUCGAAGCUCGAGGUACCAAUCGUUUAGCUCCGAUUCUGAAAGGAGGCGGUCACUUUUGUCAUCUUACCAUGAUCACACUGUAGACGACACCGUUAUUUCAGGGCGGGAUUAUCUUUACCCUGGUGACCCUCGAGUCAUCUCUGGUGGUACGCGUAGAAGGCUUAGUGGAAGGCUUAGGAGAUCGGGAUCAAUGACCGAUUUGGGUAUCGAUUUUGCGUCUAACCGAUCUUCGAGUGAAUACGGAACUCCGCAAUCUGGAGAUGAAGAUGAUUCCAGGUUCUUCUCUGCAGGGGGGUCUAGUGGAAGGUCUUCGUUCUAUUCGUCGUCGUCAUUCACCAGAGCGACGGGAACAGGGACAGCCGUCACACCUAGCGACACAUUGACGACAACGAGGAUGACAGGAUUUACCACAAGUGAUACACAGAUUGUUCCGUCGACAUUGUCGUAUAGAGGGACAGAGUCGGCCUCGCUCCUCGGUGACUCACACAGCUCAGGCACUGGCAGUUACACGUACAGUUCUGGGUACGGAUCUUCACCAUAUACGAAUAGUGAUACUCUUACGGUACCCUCGAGAAGUUCCCUAUCGAGAGCUGGUGGAGUGCGAAGACGCACUCGAACACACUCAGGAUCUUCCAGCGGCAGCGGCUAUCAGCCAUCUGGGAGCGAAGACAGUUUAGAGAGGGAACGUAGAGCAGAGCUCAGCUAUUCAAGCGGAAGCUACACUGGGAGCUACACAACGUUGAGUGGAAGUUAUAGUUCAGGUGGAAGCUAUACAGUGAGUGGUACGGGAACAAGCGAGACUGGUUAUGAUGUGUGUACGGCUUCAGAUCUGUCGGAUACUACGCCUAGGACGACGACCAUUGCAACAAGUGCUACAUGUACUCCCUUUGCGUCGGCAUCUAUAUCUUCCAAGGCGGAGGAAGAGACGUCCUCCGAAGAAAAUUAUGUCACUGCUUCUCAAGGUAGCAGUUACGCUACUCCAAGGUCUCCGUCCAUAGCGUCGUUCGACAACGUAUCACACGGCUUCCGAACCUACUGAGUACAGUACAGCCGAAGUGUGUCCUUCGAGUCUUGCUGACAUACCUUCCGAACGCAGUACACCGGUUCCGUCAGUAAAGGACAUCGAUGAAGUGGUGGAGCUUUCGAGAACUCCCAGUGUGAAGGAGUCACCCCUUCCGCCCCUUCCGACUGAAUCGCCUGUAGUUAUUCAACAUGAGAUU